CUGCAGUCAGCAAUAGCAGAGCGGACAUAUUCCAUGCCGGGCUAUACCAUUGGAACUGCUAGGGGAGGGAGUGAUUGGCAUCCAUAGCUGGUGGCUGACUGUACCUUUGGGCGUGUGUUGGGAAUAUCGGAUACUUGCUGAAGAAACAUUAGAUACUCUUCACUGGCUGCACUUGUUUCGGGCCCCUUUUGCAGAAAAUGAUGGAAGAGAGUGGUAUUGAAACAACACCUCCUAGCACACCUCCUCCCAGCACUGCUGGAACAUCAGUAGCCGCAGCCACAACAGCCAUCGCCACCCCUAUUCCACCAGUUUUGUCUAGCCCUCUGGCGGCACCAGCAUUCUCCCCACUGCCAUCCUUCGCACAGCCAAGUUUUUCUACCCCAGUUCCUUCCUCAGUUGCUCCACCAAGAUCAUCAGUCCCUUUCACAUAUGCAUCUGCCCUUCCUGUCACUGGGGUGCACUCUCCUCCUGUCAACACCUCUGUACCUGCUGCUUUUAGCAGCCCAUUGCCAGCAUUCUCUUCCCCAUCAUCUUUCCCUCCUCCUCCACUGAACACCACUCCAGGCCCAGUUCUUUCAGCACCACCCAUGGUUCCACCUGUAGGAGGAUUCUCUAUGUCUUCCACUUACGAUAUCACUAAAGGUCAUGCUGGGCGAGCACCUCAGACCCCUCUGAUGCCAACAUACUCUGCAGCCCCUGUCACAGUUUUGCCAAAUCCUGUCACUCUACAAGCUCCUGUAGCAGGGAGUGGAUCUUCCAUUACAUUCCCUGAGGAGCCUGAAGACCCCAGGGUGCAUACAGUGCACGAUGAAGGUUCUGCUGGAGGCAUCUGGGGAUUUAUUAAGGGAGUAGCUGGAAAUCCCAUGGUGAAAUCUGUGCUUGAUAAAACCAAGCACUCUGUGGAGACCGUGAUUACCACUCUGGACCCUGGCAUGGCAUCAUAUAUCCGAACUGGUGGAGAAAUGGAUAUUGUGGUCACAUCAAUUAAAGAAGUAAAAGUUGCUGCAGUACGAGAUGCUUUUCAGGAGGUGUUUGGUAUGGCAGUGGUAACCGGGGAAGAUGGUCAGUCUAACAUUGCUCCCCAGCCUGUUGGAUAUGCUGCAGGAUUAAAGGGUGCUCAAGAACGGAUUGACAGUUUACGCCGCAGUGGAAUGAUUCAUGAGAAACAGCCUGCUGUAUCUGUAGAAAACUUCAUUGCAGAGCUUCUACCUGACAAAUGGUUUGACAUUGGCUGUGUAAUUGUGGAUGACCCUGUCCAUGGUAUACGUUUGGAAGCCUUCACACAAGCAACACCAGUGCCUUUGGAAUAUGUACAGCAAGCCCAAAAUUUCACCCCACAGGACUACAACCUCAGGUGGUCAGGGCUGUCCGUAACAGUGGGCGAAGUCUUGGAAAGAAGCUUGGCUCAUGUCAGCAGGACUGACUGGCACGUGGCAUUUACAGGCAUGUCUCGCCGACAGAUGAUUUACAGUGCUGCCAAAGCCCUCGCAGGAAUGUACAAGCAAAGACUUCCACCCAGAAUCCUUUGAGAACACUUGGACUUUGUAUCAGAGUUCUGACAAGAAGACCAAAAACUUACAAGCAGCUGAAUUGCCUGUAUGGGAGAGAAAUAGUCUAGGGGAGAAAAUAAAAUGUUGGCAAGAAAAACCCACUAUAACUGUACAAUCAAGUGGUUCAAAUGAAAAAUCGUGCAUAUAAAGCUUCCAGAGAAAUUUUUGUUUUGUUUUGUUUUGUUUUGUUUUGUUUUUUUAUACAGUUUUUAGCCAUAACACAUUUUGCUUACCAAAAUCCUCUUGGUAUAUAUGCUAAAAGCAACCUAUAAUUAGGCAUGCUUCAGAAGCAUCCAUUCAAAAGUAUGGAUUACAUUUCCCAUAAUUAUGCAUUGUUAUUGCAUUAUCACGUGACACAGACGAAUAUUGCCAUUUAAGCCCUUAGGGAUUGCAUUUGUGCAACAUAUGCACAUGAUCUUUGGGCUAUACCCUAUUUGCACUACUGGAACUGCUACUCGAUGGUGAAAUCAGAUAGGGUGCAGAUCUGUUUGUAGAAUUCUUUUGUCUAGGCACAUUUUUACAAACAAUGUGCUAAAGUAAAUCCUAGAAUUGAGCAAAAUGGAUGUUGCACCACUUAAUUCAAAUGAUGCAAAUUCUUUCCUGCCCCAUCAUGAUAUCUGACACUGAAUACAGAUAACUGUGAAUGGAGUUGGGGGAUUUUUAGUAGUGUCCCUUCGAAAUAGCAAUUCUUUGUAAUGGAGUAAAUUAUUUAAAUGAUUUUCUAUUCAUGUAUUCAUUUUUUAUUGGCAGACUAUGCUUUGGUAUAAAAUGGCCAUGUUUUUAGCAUUCAUAACCUACAGUUACUACAGGCUAUAUUAGUGUAUGUAAGCCUAAGUAAUGAAGUGUAAAAGACAAGAGUGACGUGCAGUGACAGGAUUAGCUUGUGAAAGGUGAACGUAAUGUUCUUUGCCUUAAAAACUAGAUUACAUUGCUGUCUCUAACUCCUCUAUGCUUACAAAUGUUCAGACUUAUUUUAGUACACUUUUUAUACCCAAGUGAAGACGUUUUGCUAACACAUUGACUGCUAUGGACCAGUGACCUGGAUCAGAUUUAAAUAAACCUUUUUAUGAGGAUA